AUGACCGACAAGGAUAAACUGAUAACCAAUGAGGAUGGCAAAGAGCCUACCCAGGGCAAUGCCGAAAAGAAAGCAACUAAGCAAGGAUCCUGGUUCCUUGGAUUUGCUUUCUUGCCCUUCUGGAUUCUGCUGUUCUUCGCAAUUGUAAUGCCCCUCUUCUACCGCCUACCGACUGCUCUAACAAUCGAAGAUGCUGGCAAGGGAAAUUUCAUUGGCGAACGAGCCUACACCACUCUGACAAAUAUGGUUCAAAUUGGACAAAGGCUGGCUGGUAGUUCUGCCAAUGAAGUAGACGCUGUGGCCUUUCUCCUCGCUGAAAUUGAAGAUAUACGUAGCAAUAUGUAUACGGAUUACUUCACUUUGGAAGUGGAUGUGCAGAAGACUACAGGAUCCCAUACCUAUCACAACCUCUCGGAAAUGUACGAGGGUGUUCAAAACGUUGUCGUCAAACUGUCGUCGAUAAAUACGACAAGUGAUUCUUAUCUCCUGGUAAACAGCCACUUUGACACGGUGUUGACUUCGCCAGGAGCUGGUGACGAUGGCUUCAUGGUUUGCACAGUGCUGGAGGUGUUGCGAGUAAUGUCCACAAGCAAGCAAUACUUUGAGCAUCCCGUCGUCUUCCUCUUCAAUGGUGAUGAGGAAAUGGGAAUGCAGGCGUCUCAUGGUUUCAUCACCCAACACAAAUGGGCCCCCAAUUGCAGAGCUGUCAUCAACUUGGAUGCUGCCGGCAGUGGAGGUCGCGAGAUUCUAUUCCAGACAGGACCAGGACAUCCUUGGCUAGCAAAUUACUACAAAAAAGGUGCUAAACACCCGUUUGCGACAACUUUGGCAGAGGAAAUCUUUCAAGCAGGUCUUAUUCCCUCCGAUACGGACUAUCGCAUCUUCAUAGAAUAUGGUGAUAUUCCCGGUCUUGACUUUGGUCAGUUGAUUAAUGGGUACAUUUACCAUACUCAAUACGAUCGCAUCGAAGUUAUUCCUCCGGCUUCUAUCCAAAAUACUGGCGAUAAUAUUCUUGGACUCGUUCGAGCUUUGGCCAACGCCCCUGAAUUGCACGACACUUCUGCGUAUAAAACUGGUCAUGCUGUCUUCUUCGACUUCUUAGGACUCUACUUUGUCAGCUACUCAGAGAGUGUUGGAGAGAUUCUAAACUAUAGUGUGGCUGGUGUUACACUCUUCCUGGUCUUCAUUUCCGUGUGGCGCAUAUCAGCAGUCUCCUCUCUAUCUUCCAGUUACGUGGUGCUGCGUCUCAUCAGCUUGCUGCUUAUCCAGCUUAUAGCUUUUGUGCUCGCCUUAGGACUUCCCAUAGUUGUCGCAUAUUUGUUCGACAGCUUCGAAUUGUCAUUGACCUAUUUUAGCUCUCCCUAUCUGCUCAUCGGAUUGUAUGUGUGCCCCUCGUUACUUGGUCUGAGUCUGCCCAUCACGCUGUAUUAUCAUUUCGAGAAGAAUAAUAAACUGUCGUUCACUUACCUGGCACAACUGGGAUUGCAUAGCUGGGCAACUAUUUUGGCAGUGAUCUUAGUGGGCAUAACCGCGUACGGAAUCCGAUCAGGCUACGUUAUUACCUUCUCCCUGGUGUUUUAUGCCGUUUCCUUGGCGAUCAAUCUGUUCACAACACUUCACGAUCGCGGCUACAAAUGGGUCGGGAUCGUAAUCACUUUCCAAGCGAUUCCCUAUCUGUAUCUCAGCUACCUCAUCUACGCCUUCAUUGUGGCAAUGACCCCAAUGAAUGGUCGCUCUGGCAGUGCCUCGAAUCCUGACACUGAAAUUGCCGCACUAUCGGCGCUGGGUGUAAUCCUCUCUCUGGGAUUUUUGGUGUCUCUAAUCAACGUGUUCCGUCGCCCAUUCUUGGUAAUCUUCGGCCUUGUAUUAGUCAGUGCCGUUGGCAUGUACUUGGCUAGUAGUACUCAGCUCGGGUUCCCUUAUCGACCAAAGACCAACAGUGAGCGAAUCAUGUAUCAGCACGUGCGGAGAAUCUUUUAUGAGUACGAUGGAAAUGUUAGUAAAGAUGAAUCCGGCUAUUUGUUUAACUUCCAAGACAGAAGAGAGUAUCGUCCUUACGCCGGCGUUAAUUUAACAGGACUAAUAAGAACUGAACCACAAUGUGAGGAAUACAUGAUGUGUGGCAUGCCUCUGUUCGACGAGAGAUGGGUGGAAAACCGUCUCCAGGGAGGAUGGUUACCCCGCGAGACUAUUGAGCCACCAUAUCCAACUACUCUAGAACUCUUAAACAAAACAGUGUUGGAAAACAACACAACCGUGAGGUUUAACUUCCGUGUAUCAGGACCUCCUCACUUGAACAUAUAUCUUCAAUCAUAUAAGAAUGAUUUCGUGACUAUAACCGACUGGUCAUUCUCGCAGAGCUAUCUUCAAACUCCACCUGAAGCUCCACUAAGCUAUCACUUAUUCAUGACGUUUGGACUGACUAGACCACCUAUGGAUUUCUACGUGGAACUUUCGAAACCCAAUGGGGACUUCGACGUCCCAUGCUUCCAGUUGGGAUUAUCAGGGCACUAUAUGGGAGACAAGGGUGAUAAGAGCAGCAUUAAUUUUGCCUCUACUUUCCCAUCAUAUGCAACUCUGGUGCAUUGGCCUUCAACUUAUCAAAGAUUCAUUUUCUAAACACACCUUUUAUAUACACAUAAAUAUUAAAAUAGAAAUAAUAAA